AUGGACUACUAUACUCCCUUCAACGCUGACCUCACUCCCCAGGUUAUCGAGUACCUUGUAAAAAAGGGAUACAACCGAACGGAGCAGAUGCUUCGACAAGAAUCAUCACACCUGGACAAAGAGGGAAAACCAAUCCAUGAUAGAGUGGAAGACUCUGGGACUCUAAAGUAUUCCAAGGCCUAUCGACUACUCAGCAACUGGGUUGAAUCAAAUCUCGACAUCUACAAGGUCGGCUCCAGCAAAUACCGGCCCUACGAACUUCACCGCCUUCUAUGGCCAAUGUUCAUUUACUCCUACAUUGAUCUUGUCCAAGAUGGCUUCCCCAAAGAUGGCGACUCGUUUAUACGCGAGUUUGGUCCCCAGUUCGAGACAAUUCACCAGGAUGAACUUCGAACCCUCAGCACCAUACAGCAGUCCGUACAGCUCCGGGAAAACUCCAUCACCAAGCUCUACAUAGAGAACAAGUACAGGAUCCCUCUCAACACGCACGUUUACUUCAACCUCCUUACCUUUUUGGAAUCGAAUAGCAAGUCUGGUGGAUCUGUGAUUAUUUACUUGCUCCAAACCUACUGCGAUAUUCGAGAAACCAGCCGUGGCCCCAUUGAUCAGUUCAGCUUCGAGGCAAUCAUCAAUCAAGCCAACGGCAUCGACGGCGAGGAGAGUGGUCUACAAGAGGGUAUUCCUGGAGCUUUCACAGGCGUCACCAACAAGGACAUCAUGUCGAAUACUAUUACACUGAAGUUGGGCUCAGUAGCCAUGGACCCCGAUUUGGCGGCAGAUGUUCGGGCUGAUUUGGAAGAUGAAGAUCUCAAAAAUCCAGCAGACCUGGGAAAGCCAUCUUUAGUCGAAGAAUUCGAUCGAAAUAUCAAGCGAGAGGACAGUGCUGAUGGACCAGCUCGCACCGACAUUCCUUAUCCCCCAUCACGAGCAAGAGACGUAACAAUGGAGGUCCAGAAGAUCAAAGAGAACAGAGAUAGGUUCAGGAUCGAGAGUCGCACAGGUGGAAUUGGCGCUGCUGUUUCUAUUUGCAUGUUUACCUUCCACAACACGCUCGACACCAUCACCUGCAUAGAAUUUUCUGACGACACAAACCUUGUCGCAGCUGGUACAGAAGAGUCAUACGUUCGCAUUUGGCAUCUCCAUGGCGAUAUCCUCAAAUCCAGUCUACCUUCUGGUCCUAAUGACCCUCCCCCGUCGAGUUCUCGCCGCCUCAUAGGUCACGCUGGCCCGGUAUACAGUGUAUCUUUCUCCCCUUCCAUAAUAGGCCCCGAUGGUAAUGAGGAAGCUACUGCUCCCAGAAUGCUACUUUCAUCGUCCGCAGAUAAAACCGUUCGCAUGUGGUCUCUAGAAACGUUCACCUGUCUUUGUGUUUUCAAGGGUCACGAGGGUCCAGUCUGGAAUGUCCGCUGGGGUCCAUUCGGCCAUUACUUUGCAAGCUGCGGUUGGGAUAAGACUGUACGCAUCUGGGGCCAAGAUCACAUCUCUUACCUCCGCCUCUUAAUCGGCCACGACUCAAGCGUCAACCAAGUAGCAUGGCACCCAAACGGCGCAUACAUCUUCUCCGCUAGCGACCAAGUCGACAAGUCCGUCCGCAUGUGGGCCUUUGCAACCGGCGAUUGUGUCCGUGUUUUCCCCGGCCACAAUGAAUAUAUCUCCGCCAUCGAAUGUGCGCCCUCUGGCAAGAUCCUCGCUUCAGCUGACGCAGGCGGGACUAUCAUCCUCUGGGACCUCGCCAAAGGCACUAUGAUUAAACGCUGUAGAGGCCACGGCAAAGGCGGUAUCUGGUCCCUCUCCUUCAGCGUCGAGUCCACGGUUCUCGUCUCCGGCGGCGCAGACGGCACAGUUCGAGUCUGGGACGUUGAGUUGCCCUCCGAUCCAUACAAAGAUGGUGCAGGCGAGAUUGUUGGUACGGGUGGGCAGGCUGAUGCGACAAGAAUCAAUGUUGCUGCUGCAGGCUCGCAACCUGCUGCCAGUGGGGUUAAGAAAAAGAACAAGGAUACGAUGAUUACACCGGAUCAGAUAUCUGCGUUCCCAACGAAGAAGAGCCCGGUUUACAAGGUCAAAUUCACGAGGAUGAAUUUGAUCAUGGCUGGGGGUUUAUAUUUGCCGUAG